AUGUCCGCCUCUUUGCCCGGCAGCCGCGAGCUGCCCGCCUCCCAGUAUGACCUCAGCACCUACUGGGGACGCGCACGACACAGCAUGGGCCUGACCGACCCAAGCACUCUGCUCGUCGGCAGCACCGGUCUCGAGCAAGCCAAGUCCCUCCUCAGCGACUACAAGCAAGGAAAGAUCCCGACGAUGACGCCAGAGCUCUGGAAGGCCAAGAAGGUCGUCGACUCUACCCUCCAUCCAGACACCGGCGAACCGGUCCUCCUCCCCUUCCGCAUGUCCGCUUUCGUCCUGACCAACUUGGUCGUCACGGCCGGCAUGCUCCAGCCCGGACUCGGCACAGCAGGAACAAUCGCAUGGCAAGUUGUCAACCAGUCCCUCAACGUCGCAAUCAACUCUGCAAACGCGAACAAAUCCUCCCCCCUGACCUGGCGCAAGCUCGGCGAGUCCUACGCCAUGGCCGUCUCCGUCUCCUGCGGUGUCGCCGUCGGCCUCAACAAGCUCGUCCCCCGCCUCCGCUCCCUCUCCCCGGCGACCCGCACGACCCUGACCCGUCUCGUUCCCUUCGCCGCCGUGGCCUCCGCUGGUGCCCUCAACGUCCUUCUCAUGCGCGGCGAGGAGAUCCGCAAGGGCAUUGACGUCUUCCCCGUGGUCUCGGACGAGGAGCGCAAGAAGAAGGAGGCGGAGGGCGGCGACGGCGCCCAGGUCCAGUCCCUCGGCCGCAGCAAGAAGGCUGCCACCAUCGCCGUCGGCGAGACGGCCGCCAGCCGCGUCUUCAACUCCACGCCCAUCAUGGUCAUCCCGCCCCUUGUCCUCGUCCGUCUGCAGCAGACCCAGUGGCUGAAGCAGCGCCCCCGCAUGACUGUGCCCAUCAACCUCGGUCUCAUUCUGGUGACGAGCUACGCCGUCCUGCCUCUUGCCCUCGCCGUCUUCCCCCAGAAGGAGAGCAUCAGCGUCGACAAGCUCGAGCCCGAGUUCCACGGCCGUGGCGGGGAGAACGGCAUGGUGUGGUUCAACAGGGGUAUCUAG